GUUUCCAUUACGAAUCCAACAAUGAGACGGACAAGCGGGAGUUCGAGAAGGCCGUGGAGACCAUCGCAGUGUCCUUCAGCAGCACCGUGUCCGAGUUCCUCAUGGGGGAGGUGGACAGCAGCACCAUCCUCUCCAUCCCACCCAGCGACCAGAACCAGGUGAGUGAUGCCCGACAUUCGGCGUGGGUCUCCUCUUUCUCUCCCCACCCUCUCCCUCGUCCCACCGCAGGCCGCCCUCCGGCCGAGGAAGUGGACGUGAUGCUGCAGCGCUGCGAGGGAGGGGUGGAUGCUGCCCUCCAGUACGCCAAAAACAUCUCCAAGUACAUGAAGGACCUGAUCGGAUACCUGGAGAAAAGGACCAUGCUGGAGAUGGAGUUCGCCAAAGGGCUGCAGAAGAUGGCGAACAGCUGCAAGCAAACCAUCAGCCAGGAGACCAACAUGCCCUUCCUGUCCAUCUACCUGCUGGCCCUGGAGCAGGACAUGGAGCACGGGACGUCGGUUCUGCAGGCUGCCAACACGCUGCAGCACCAGACCUUCCUCCAGCAAGAGGCAGAGGUGAACCUGCGCAAGGCCAAGCAGACCUACAUGCAGCGCAGCGAGGAGCACGACAAGGCCAAGUACAUGGCCGUGAAGGCGGAGGAAGAGCAGCAGAGCACCGCCAGCAGCAUCACCACCAAAACCCUGGACAAGAAGAGGCGGCUGGAAGAGGAAGCCAAGAACAAGGCAGAAGAGGCGAUGGCCACGUACCGGACCUGCGUUGCGGAUGCAAAUACCCAGAAGCAGGAGUUGGAGGAUACCAAGGUGAACUCCUUGCGGCAGAUCCACGAAGUGAUCAAACAGAGCGACCAGGUCAUGAAGACGGCCACCAUCUCCUUCUACCAGAUCAUGCACAUGCAGACGGCUCCACUGCCCGUCAACUUCCAGACGCUCUGCGAGAGCAGCAAGCUCUACGACCCCGGGCAGCAAUACGCCUCUCACGUCAAGCAGCUGCAGCGAGGCGACGAACCGGACAUCCAGUACGACUUCGAGCCCUACGUGUCACACAACGCCUGGUAGGAGAGGGGAGGGGAAGGCGCUGCUGCUCUACGCUCCUCUGCCACUGGCGCUGGGCAUCCCCGCAGCACCCGGCUGCGCCCAGCGCGCCCGACGGCAGCUCCUCAAUCUCCGACGGACUCUGUGUUUUCCUCUGCAGGUGGGAGGGGACACCAGGUCCAUAAAUCCUGGCCAACCUCCGUCACCGAAGCUGACAGCAGCCUGGAUUCAAGCGCAGGUGAAUUCAGCCACAAACUCCAGCGGCUGUCUUCCAACGGCACCAUGUCCUCCAGCGAGGAGCUGGAGGAGAAGGAGGAAAAUGCCACCCCCUUCGAGCAGGGUACCCGCCUCGAGCUGCCGCCGUGCCCACCCCAGGGCUCUGCUAGGGAGAAGCGGGAACCCCUUACCCGUGGCCUGGAGGUUCCCGACGAGCAGAGCGCCCGCGGGGCGGCCAAACGCGGCUUUUUGCUUGAACUUCACAGGUCCCAGGUCUCCUCAGCUGGGUGGCACGGGGCAGGUCUGGGGCUCGGGGAGGGUGAGGUGCCCCCGGAGCGGGAGGCACGGCUCUCCAGCGCCCGGCGCUCCUGUUCUUGCGUGCAGCUGCCGGAGCCCAUCAUGCCCUUCCGCAUCUACAACGAGCUGAUGGGCCUGGCCAAGGAGAGCUUGCAGGGCGGUGAGGCCAAGGGCAAGAGCGGGAAGGGGAGCCCUGAGCUGGUGGACAAAGGAGCCGACACGGACAAGGUGGUGGUGAACCUGGUGCUGAAGCUGAAGGAGCUGCUGCAGGAGCUUCCCUGGGAGAACAUGGCCACGCUCCAGUACCUCCUGCAGCACCUGAGAAGGAUCGUGGAAGUGGAACAGGACAACAAGAUGACCUCAAGCAACCUGGGCAUCGUCUUUGGGCCAACACUGAUGCGCCCCAGGCCCACGGACGCCACCAUUUCCUUGUCCUCGCUGGUGGAUUACCCCCACCAAGCUCGCAUCAUCGAGGCGCUCAUCAUCUUCUACUCGACCAUCUUUGAGACCAAGGAGAGCGCGGUGCUGGGCGACUCCGGCAAAUACGGCACAGGCGGCCAGGAGGAGGCAGCCGGCUGCCCGGACCUGGCCAGCGCAGGCUCCCAGCCCGCAGCUCCCGGCAGCGUCCCCUACCUCGAGUCAGGGAAGGGGAGUUUGGGUUACGGCGCCGACUCUUUCGCAGACCACAAAGCUCCCGCUGAUGCCACGGUGCCGGGCGAGAGCGUGACGCCGGGCUCCCUCUGUCCCGCAGAGCCUGGUGACCGCUCCGUUGACUCCGACUCGGAGCUGGAGGACAGCGGGGAGCUGCUGGCUGCCUGCUCCCUGGCCUGCCACAAGAAGUGCCUGGAGACCUUGGCCAUCCAGUGCGGCCACAAGAAGCUCCAAGGGAAGCUGCAGCUUUUCGGGCAAGACUUCACGAAGGCUUCUCAGAGCAGCUCGGACGGCAUCCCCUUCAUCAUCAAGAAGUGCGUUUCGGAGAUUGAGAAGCGGGCGCUGAAAACCAAGGGCAUCUACCGAGUCAACGGCGUCAAGACCCGCGUGGAGAAGCUCUGCCAGGCAUUUGAGAACGGGAAGGAGCUGGUGGAGCUGUCCCAGGCCUCCCCUCAUGAUAUCAGCAACGUCCUGAAGCUCUACCUGAGACAGCUGCCGGAGCCCAUCAUGCCCUUCCGCAUCUACAACGAGCUGAUGGGCCUGGCCAAGGAGAGCUUGCAGGGCGGUGAGGCCAAGGGCAAGGGGGGGAAGGGGAGCCCUGAGCUGGUGGACAAAGGAGCCGACACGGACAAGGUGGUGGUGAACCUGGUGCUGAAGCUGAAGGAGCUGCUGCAGGAGCUUCCCUGGGAGAACAUGGCCACGCUCCAGUACCUCCUGCAGCACCUGAGAAGGAUCGUGGAAGUGGAACAGGACAACAAGAUGACCUCAAGCAACCUGGGCAUCGUCUUUGGGCCAACACUGAUGCGCCCCAGGCCCACGGACGCCACCAUUUCCUUGUCCUCGCUGGUGGAUUACCCCCACCAAGCUCGCAUCAUCGAGGCGCUCAUCAUCUUCUACUCGACCAUCUUUGAGACCAAGGAGAGCGCGGGAAUCUUGGCACUGGGCAGCGGGACCCCUUCCUCCUCCUCCUAA